AUGCAAAACAAAAAUGUGCGUCAAACUAGCUGCACAAGUUUUGAGCCACACAGUGGCAGCGGACUUUAUGCAAAGAUAGCUGAUGGCGCACUCAGUACAGAAGCUGCUAUUACUGCAAAUGUGAUAUCACAUAUGGACAAGCUUUUUGACGCCCUGAAUAGCGACUCAGCAGACUUGCGGCGAGGAGAAAUUUUCUCCACAAACUUGACAGCGAAAAGCCCACACCACAAAUUAUUUCAGAGUAUGAAAUAUUUUUUGAAAACAUUGAAAUUUAUGGGGUCUCUGCGAACACCCCCACAGGAAGGUUGGAUUUGGACCAUUAAUGGCGUCGAGCGGCUGUUUAAGCAAUUCGCUAACGAGGGUAUAAAGAGCCGGGCCACAAGACGGUUACAGCAAGAUCCAUUAGAAAAUUUGUUUGGCUGCAUAAGGGGCAACUGUGGCUCAAAUUCCAACCCAACUGUGGGCACAUAUUGGGACCACAGGAUGUAA